AUGAUUUCGUACUCGAGAAAUUUAUUCACUGGGCCAAUUCUUUCGCAUUUGGAAGGUGACAAAUUGUUACUGCCACCAUUUGUUCUUGAAGAAAUAUUACGUGCAGGAAGUGGUAGUAAAAGUAAUGGUUUUGCAAUUGCAACUCACGACAGAGACGAUAGCGAUUUUUCAAAUACCCAUCUACCAUAUCCAAUCGUUUUCCAAAUUUUUAAUCCAAAAACGCGUUUAAUAACUCAUGGUGGUGUUAAAGAGUUUAAUUCGGCAGAUGAAAAAGCUUAUUUACCAUCAUGGAUGUAUGAUUCGCUUUCACUUAAAGAAGGUGAAGAAGUAACUAUUAGACUUAAGGAAUUGCCAAAAGGAACUUGGGCACGGUUUCGCCCCAUGACUAUGGAUUAUAAAGAUAUAAUGGAUUAUAGGGCUGCAUUUGAAGCAUAUUUAAGAUCAUAUUAUACAACAUUGACCACAGGAGAAAUACUUACUAUAAAGCAAGCAGAUAAUUCAUAUCAGUUUUUGGUCGAUUCUUUAAAACCAGAAGACGCAGUUCAAAUAGUUGAUACAGAUUUAGAAGUAGAUAUAAUACCAUUUAUAGAAGAUUUACAAAAAUUAGAUAACAAGAAAAAGAAAUCAAUAGAAAAAGAAAUAACGGCUAUUGGUAAAACUUAUGGCGGAAACGUAUCUUCACAAGAUUACGAAUAUUGGUUUUUAAAUUUAAAUGAUAGAUCAUAUGGAUUAAAUAUAGAAUUAAGAUAUAAUGAUGGUGAUGCAGAUCUUAUCGUGUCUAAUGAACGAAAUCCAAAGAUAAAUGAUCAUUUAUGUGAUAAAUUAUAUAUAGGAGUUUAUGGAUUUAGUGAUUCUACAACAUCGUAUGAAUUAAUGUAUGGUGAUCUUUUAGAAAAAGAUAAGCAUGAGCUUAUAUUUCACACUCUACGCAAAUGUUCAUGUAAAUAUGAGUCAGAAUCACUUCAAGAUCUAGCAAGACAUAAAAGAACCACGUGUCCAGAUCGAUUGAUUACAUGUAAAUUUUGUCGCAACCUGGUGAAACAAGAUGAACCGUCGACCAACCCACAAGAUCUGCUUGAGGGAUUGACAAUACACGAGUCAUAUUGUGGCGCCCGGACGAUUAAAUGUGUGAAAUGCGAAGAAUCGGUCACAUUGAGAAAUGUGAGAGCUCAUGCUAAUAUGCAUGAGAUUGAGAAACAAAAUCGAAAGUUGCCGAAACUUUGUCGAAAUGAAAAUUGUAUAAAACCAGCAGCCAAUAACAUUCUUAAGUUGUGUUCAACAUGUUUCGGACCUUUUUGGUCUCCAACUGCAGACCCGACUGGUAGAAUGUUGUAUACUAGACUUGGUAGAAAAUAUUAUCAACAAUUGACAGUUGGUUGUGGGAACAGUUGGUGCACAAACAUGUAUUGUGCAACGGGUAAUUCAAUUAAAAAAGAUCCAAACACAGCCGCAUCAACAAUCUUACCACAUCUUCAACAAAUUCAAUUAUCACAAACGACACCAAUUUAUUUAUGUGUUGAUGAAUUAACAACUCGUAGACGUUUCCUUGCUGACAUUUUGUAUAAAGGUAAAGAUUUAGCAAAUGGAGAUGGUGGCGGAGAAUAUUAUGAAAAGUAUCCAAUUGAGUUUUGUGUCAAGGCUGUUGAGAUUGAAAAUGAAGAUUUAGUUGAAGCAAGGAAAUGGUUACAAGCUAAUGCACCAAUUAUAGUACGGAAAUGA